CCCAACUACCUCCGAUGCUCCCAACGGGCGGAAUGCAGCAACGGCGAAGACGAACGAAACUGUCCUGGCGUUCGUCUAGGAGCACAGGACUGUCCGGAUGGAGGCUUUAAGUGUUCCGAAGGGUUUUGUAUUAUGGGGUACAAGCGAUGUAACGGAAUAAAAGAUUGCGAUGAUAAUAGUGACGAGGAGAAUUGCCCCACUUCGGCGCCUGAUGCGCAGCUGGGCUGCACUUCUAGCGAAUUCACCUGCCUGGACGGUCUUUGUGUCCUUGCUGCUUAUCGCUGCGAUGGUCUUCCAGAUUGCCAAGAUCUCUCUGAUGAAGCUGGAUGCGACGCCUACGGCAGUGAUCCUUCGAGAACACCACAAUCCCUCCCCAGGCCCGAAGAGCACUGUUUACCCGGUCAAAUUCGUUGUCGGGACGGGGGUUGCACCACUGGAGUGCGUUGCGACCGCCAGUACGACUGUGAAGACGGUACUGAUGAAGAAAGCUGCGAGUACUGUCGGAUUGGCGAGUUCCGUUGCCUUAGCGGCCUUUGUGUCGAUGAGCGCCUCAGAUGCGAUGGCCUGGCGGACUGUCUUGAUGGCUCUGAUGAGGAGAACUGCGGCUGCCGACCGGAGCAGUUUGACUGUAAGGAUGGCGAGUGCGUUUCAAUGAGCCAAAGAUGCGACGGCCAGUACGACUGCCAGAAUGGCGCGGAUGAGAGCCGAUGUCCCGAGACUGGAUCGCAAAAUCAAACCAAACAGUGCGGGGAAAAUGAGUUCAACUGCGGCGAUGGACACUGCAUCUCCAUGGACUUCAGAUGCGAUGGCCCAGCUGAUUGUCCUUUUAAUAAAGCAGACGAAGACAACUGCGAAUGCCAGCCGUCGCAGUUCCGCUGCCCUGAUGGUCAUUGCAUUUCAUCAAGCGAGCUCUGCAACCAGGUCUACGACUGUUUGGAUGGAUCAGAUGAGGCCAACUGCAGCCGCUCGGACUGUGCGUCCAACGACUUCAGAUGCGAAAGAGACAACACCUGCCUACCAAACAGUCAGCGCUGCGAUCGCAUUCGUCAAUGUUCGGACGGGGCUGAUGAGGAGGGAUGUGAUUGUUACAGCCAUGAGUUCCAGUGCUCAAACGGGCAUUGUGUAGACAAUCGUUUGCGUUGCAAUGGACGUCCGGACUGUAGUGAUUAUUCCGACGAAUCAAAUUGCGUUACCACCACUCAAGAGCCAAUCACUUUGCCCCCAGCUACAGUGAGUCCACGUAGCUGUCCAUUCGGCUACGUUUCCUGUCUGUCUGGGGAUCAAUGCGUGCUCAGAAGCCAGCUAUGCGACGGACGCGUCAACUGUCCUGACGCUUCUGAUGAGUCCAACUGCGCUGCUGGCGCCGAUGGUCUACAACUUCGCACUUACCCAUCGCAACAGAACAUCAAAGAAAACAGGUAUCGACUUGAUCAAGAGGUGGUGUUCCAAUGCCGCGACGAGGGACCAAUCAGAGCCAGGGUGGAGUGGAAGCGGGCCAAUGGGGCGCCUUUGCCGCCCGGCUCCAGAGACAACAACGGCCGCUUGGAGAUGCCCAACAUCAAGCUGGAACACGGGGGCACUUAUGUGUGUGUCGCCAAAGAUUUCCCAUUGGGAACCCCUGGGGCUGAGAUCUCCGUCCAGCUGCAUGUGGAAAAAGUUCCCGAAAUCUACAUUCCACCGCCAGUCCAUUGCUACAUCAACGAGUCCACAUGUUCCAAUGGAGACUGCAUUCCACGCAACAAAGUCUGCGAUGGCCACUUCGACUGCAGCGACGGCUCCGAUGAAAUCCGCUGCAGACAAUGCGAGCCCAACGAGUUCAAGUGCGACAACAAGAAGUGCGUCUCGGCCGUCUGGAAGUGCGAUGGACAGGAUGAUUGCGACGAUGGCUCAGAUGAGCGCUUCUGCCAGGCUUCCGGGCCGGAUGGCCAAUGUGGAGCCCAACAGUUCACCUGCAGGGACAGACAAUGUGUGCCCAGAACUUUCCAUUGCGAUGGAGCCCCUGACUGUAUCGAUAAGAGUGAUGAGAUCGGAUGCACUGCCCCCGUGAUCGCUCAAGGCCCUCCCAGCAUGAUCACGCUGGCUGCCGGCCAGACGUUCAUCAUCACCUGUAGAGCAGUGGGGGUGCCCACUCCCCAGAUCAUGUGGAGACUGAACUGGAACCAUGUGCCCCCCAAGUGCCGCAUGACCAGCGAAAACGGCUUCGGAACCUUGACGUGCGAAAACAUCCAGAUCGAGGACCAGGGCGCCUACUCCUGCGAAGCUUUGUCGGCCAUUAAAACGGUGUUCGCCUCCCCCGAUACCAUCCUCACGGUGACUCGCCAGGCCUUUUGCCCAGCUGGAUAUUUCAACGUGGACGCCCGAGUGGAGAACGAAUGCAUCAAGUGCUUCUGCUUCGGCCACAGCAGCAGCUGUAGAUCGGCCGAUUUGUUCAUAUUCCAGUUCCAGCCGCCCUUCGACGCCCUGAAGCUGCUGGGGGCGAGGAUCGACCCCCGCACCGGAGUGGUGGACAUCCGGGAUGAGCCCAUCUACAAGGGGGUGGAGCCUCAGCUAUGGAACAUUGGGGCGAAUGGGGUGGCGACUUCGCUGCCCAAGUAUGCGGAGCUGAACCAACCAGACGUUGUCCCAUACUUUGCCCUGCCCGAGAACUACCACGGCAACCAGCUGAAGAGUUAUGGAGGCUACUUGAAGUACACAGUCCGACAUGGGAACACUGGCAGACCCGUGGAGGGCCCCGAUGUCAUCCUAACGGGCAACAACUACGUGCUCCUGCACGAAUCGCGCGACCCUCCAGCCCCAUUCCAAGCCGAAGAAAAACGGGUGAGGUUCUUCGAUGGUGAUUGGACGAUCAAGUCCGCCAGUCAACGCCCACGGCCCGCGUCGCGCGAAGAAGUGAUGAUGGCCUUGGAGGACGUGAGCCAGAUCCUCAUCAAGCUGGCCUACAGCAGCGACGGCCUGCUCAACACCACGCUGACCAACAUCGAAAUGGACUCCGCAGCUGUGCCGGACAGCGGCCUGGGAGUGGCCAACUAUGUGGAAGAGUGCUCGUGCCCGGUGGGAUACACUGGAACCUCCUGCGAGAACUGCGCCGAAGGCUACGUGCGACACAACUCCGGCCAAUGGCUGGGACAGUGCUACAGGGAGCCUCAAACGUGCCCUCCAGGCAGCUACUUUGAUGGCAGGGAGUGCCAAGUCUGCCCGUGUCCUUACACAAGUCCCAGCAAUCAGUUUGCAAGAACAUGCCACUUGAAUACGGAUGGAAAUGUCGUCUGCGACUGCCAGCCAGGCUAUGUGGGCCUACGAUGCGAACAUUGCGCUCCAGGAUUUACUGGAAAUCCGCUCCAGCCGGGAGACACCUGCAGGCCUGCCAGCCAAUGCGAUCCCCAAGGAACUCUCGGCCAGGACGCUGAUGGCCGAUGCCUUUGCAAGGAAUACUCUGCUGGCCCCUUGUGCAACCAAUGCCAGCCCAACACCUUCUACUUGAGCAACAGGAACCAGUUCGGCUGCAUCGCCUGCUUCUGCAUGGGAGUGUCUCAGCAAUGCUCCAGCUCCAGCUGGUAUCGGGACACGCUUGGCUCGGUGUUCACCAGCUCUACCAAUGACUUCCGACUGACCGACAUUGCCAAGGAAAACGCCUUCAGCGACGGCAUCCAGCUGAACCAGGAUGGAAGGGAGCUGCUCUACAGCUCCUUCGGCCGACCGGAGGUCUACUACUGGUCGCUCCCCAAUAAAUAUCUGGGCGACAAAGUCACCUCCUAUGGGGGCUUUUUGAGGUACUCCAUCCGCAACACUCCGGUCCCAGGAGGGGCCAGUUCGCGCAACAACGCUCCCGAUGUGGAGCUGGUCAGCGAAAACAACAUCAACCUGCAGUACUUCUCGGCCAACGCCAGCCAGUCCACCAACGCGCCCCAGACCUUUGUGGUGCCUCUUCUCGAGCAGUUCUGGCAGCGCAACGACGGCCAGAAGACCGACCGCGAGCAUCUCCUGAUGGCCUUAGCUGAUGUGCAAGCCAUCUACAUCAAAGCCACGUAUUUCACCAACACUCAGGAGGCAGCUUUAAUCUCGGUGUCUUUGGACACAGCGACCGAUCAGAACACUGGCAGGGAGCGCGCCUUUGAAGUGGAACAGUGCCACUGUCCACCAGGCUACACUGGACUGUCCUGCGAAGACUGCGCCUUCGGCUACACCAGAGCAGGCGAGGGGAUUUACCUGGAGCUUUGCAUCCCCUGCGAGUGCAACGGCCUGUCCAACGAGUGCGAUCCGGAGACGGGCGAUUGCAGGAAUUGCAGGAACAACACGGGCGGCAGCCAAUGCGAGCAGUGCCUGCCAGGCUUUACCGGGGAUCCCACCAGGGGGCAACAGUGCUCGCCCCAUGGGCCUCCUUUGCCUUGCAACUGCGACCCGAGAGGAACUGCCAACAAUGGCUGUGUGCAGGGGGCCUGCCAAUGCAAGUCGAAUGUGGAAGGAGCCAGUUGCGAUCGGUGCCGCAAUGGGACGUUCGGGCUGAGCGCCAACACGAUUGAAGGAUGCGAGUUCUGUUUCUGUUCAGGAGUUUCGACCGAGUGCAGCCAAAGCCACCUCUAUCUGGAGCAAAUCCCCGUUCAGAUCACCGAGGAGCAUCACUUCAUCCUGACGGAUGAACAGUUCAAAGUGACCAUCAAUGAAGGCUUCAAGAUCAAUCUGGCUUUGAACGAGAUCGGCUACACGUUCCCCCCGAGUCGGCGCGAGAAGAUGUACUGGUCCCUACCGCCCAUCUUCACCGGCAACCAGAUCAAGUCCUACGGGGGCAAGUUGGAGUAUAUGUAUCGCUACUUCGAGCUGCCCUACGCGCGCUACAUUCAAGAUAAAGACAUCAUCAUUUCGGGCAAUGGUGUGGUGAUUUACUGGGCUCGGACUGAUGAUUUGCGGCCGACUAUCAUCAACAGUGUCAGUGUGCGGUUGCAUCCCAGCGCCAACUGGUAUAGGAUUGAUGAGCGCGGCCCGAGACGCGCCUCUAGAGAGGACAUCUUGACUGUUCUGGCCAACAUCGAUACGAUUCUGAUCCGGGCCACGCCCUCCACUGAUACUUCCAGUACGUUCCUUAGCGAUAUUUCCCUGGACACUGCCGUUGAUGUGUACACUGCCAAGCCAUACGCUGCCAGCGUGGAGAAUUGCCGAUGCCCUCCAGGCUACCGGGGCACCUCUUGCGAGGCCUGCGCCUCCGGCUACUACAAGGACCCCUCCUACUCCAACACCCAUCCACUGGGGACGUGUCGACCAUGCCCAUGCAAUGGGAAGGAGGAGAGUUGCCACCUGGACCACAGCUCCAGAGAUGUUGUCUGCAACUGCCUGCCCGGGUACUCCGGCCGCUACUGCGAUGAAAAAACGCCCGAUAAACUCCCAGAUUUAAGUAACAUAGUGGAGGUAAAAGUGAGCAUGACGCCCUCUAGAGUGGUGGCUCCCAUUGGGCAGCAGGUGGCCUUCACUUGCACAUACCAAGCAGUGAAUCUCACUGCCUACAAUGAGGCGCUGGAGAGUUCUCGCUGGCAAGUGGCCAUCGAGAACCUGGACAGCGGCCUCAGAACGAAGCUGAGCGAUCUGAUCCGGUUCGAGGGCGGCGCUCAGGCAGCGUUUUACGCAGUGGUCGGCUGCGUUAAGCAGACCAUUCGCUGUUUAAUAUUGAAUCGAAAUGACACUGUUGUCGGGACAGUCAGUGUUGAUCUCGUCCCAGCGGAAAUUCUCACCACCACCCGCCGGCCCAGCUAUACCGACCCCACCCCAGUCCCGCCCACUAUUGACGUGGUCAUAUCGGGCAGGAACAUCGAGAUCUUCCAGAUAGGCAGCAGCGUCACUCUGAACUGUUCGGCCAUAUCCAGGAUCAUAUCAACAGCUGUACAAAUCGACUGGUCCAAACACAACGAUCGUCUGCCCUUCAACGCAAUUGACGAUGGGCAUGGGCUGCUCUACAUCCGGAACUUAUCAGCUACCGAUUCGGGCCGCUACGUCUGCAGGGCUGAUGAUGGCUACUCGGUGGUGACUGAGAGCAUCAACAUAGUGGUUGGAGAAGGCGACUCCAGGAGCUCCGCCCCCGUUAUUUCCCUUGCGCCUCCAUUUGUGCAGGCCAGCGAAGGCCAAAUGAUCGAAGUGAGAUGCGGCGCCUCUGGAAACCCCCUUCCAGAGUUCUACCUGAGCCGCACGGACCGCCAGCCGCUGAACCCAACGCAUCUUUUUGAGAACGGCGUCUUCAGAAUUCUACAAGCUCGCGUUUCCGAUGCUGGGCAGUACCAGUGCAGCGCAGUGAACCGAGCCGGGCAAGAUUCCAAGAGCUUUGAGGUCCAGGUUAAUGCUGGAUCGGUCCUCCAGGUCGACAUCAGACCCAAUCGAUUUGAGGGCCGAGUUGGCGACCGGGUCGAGCUCACGUGCGUCGCAGGCCGCGCUCAGAACAUCCGCUGGACCAAAGAAGGAGAACCGAUGCCCUACCAAUCCAGAGACGAAGACGGCGUUCUGAUCAUCCCCAGCGCUCAGCCCUCAGAUGCUGGCACCUACAUUUGCACCGCCACGUCUUACGACGGCACCAGAGGCACUCAGUUCGCCACUGUGACGAUCCAAGGAGGCAGGGGCCAAGCAGCGACGGCACGAGCCGUUCCCGAGCAAGUCAACAUCCGCCAAGGCGAAACUGCUGAAGUCAGAUGCGAAGCGUCGGGCACUCCAACGCCAGUGGUGAAGUGGACCAGAAUGGGGAACCCGAUGGGCCAAAGCGCCGAGCAGAUCGGCAACAAUUUGCGCAUCACCAACGCGCGAGUUGAGGAUCGGGGCGUCUACAUUUGCGCCGCCUCCAACGAACUCGGCCUGGAACAGGCCGCUGCGCAUAUCGAAGUCACCCGAUUUGAGGCUCCCCUGGUGCAGAUCCUCCCAGACGGAGGCCUGAUCUUUGUGAGGUCUGGAAACAGUGCCCAGCUACAGUGUAGAGUCAUCGGCGGGUAUCCCUCCCCCACAGUCACCUGGCGCCGAGAGGCUGGACAGGCGCUGAGUCCGAAUGUGGAGCUUUUGGCCGGAGGCAAUUUGAGGAUCACUGAUGUCACCCCUGCGGAAGCUGGCCAGUACGUCUGCUCAGCUACCAACGACGCUGGAACGGCCCAGGCUAUUGCCCACAUCACCGUCAACACUGAACCCACCUUAUCAGUGACUCCAGACCAAGAGAGUGUGAUUAAAGCUGUGAACGAUCACCUGCAGCUGAUCUGCUACGCAAGCGGCCAUCCUCAGCCCACAGUCAGCUGGGUCAAAGCAACCAGCUCCGAAUACUACAGCUCGGCUAGAGGGCAGGGCCAACUCUCCCCGGCUUACCUGGAGUUCACCAGCUUGCGCCCGGAAGAUGCAGGAAUUUACGUGUGUAUCGGGCAAAAUGAGGCCGGAGUCGCCGAAAGGAGAGUGCGGGUCGAUAUUUUGCCUGAACGCGGGGAUAAUCCAGGACGAAGGCCUGCAGGUGGCGAUACCAGUUCCUCUCCAGCCAGUGUGGAAGAAUUCAAUGCUAUCGCAGGAGCCAAGGCGGAAAUUCGCUGCAACGUAACCAGCUCAGGAGACCUCAACUACCAUGUGGAAUGGGUCAGAGGAGGCAACCAACCCAUGCCAGCCGACACCUACACGCGACAUGGAAUCCUCAUCAUUGACAAUGUGCAGCCCUCGGCCGCAGGAGAGUACGAGUGCGUAACUUAUCAGUUGCCCCGCAGGAAUGUGCUGUUUAGGAUCAGAAGUCGCCUCCGAGUCAUUUCGCCUCCAAGAAUCACGCUGGACCCGAUCAGGCAAACAGUGGAAGCAGGCCAACAGGCCUACAUCAUCUGCACGGCGACGGGCGACCAACCGAUCGACAUCCAGUGGGUUCCAGUGAACCGCAGUAUGCCAGGUUCCGUCUACACUGCUGAUGGCUACAUCAGGUUCAACAACAUCCAUCAGAACGACGCUGGAAAGUACCGAUGCAUCGCAAGGAACCAAGCAGGAGAAGCGGAUUCUGUUGCAGAAGUGAUCGUCUCUUACCGGCCUGAACUCCAUCAACCGGGCGUUGAAGCGGCCAGCCAUCGAGUCACAUCGGCCGCCGGGAAGAACGUCUCCCUAAUUUGCCGGCCGGGGAUCCAGAAUGAAGGAUACCCAGUUAGGUGGACGAGGGAUAGUAAUGGUUUGCCAGCCAACUCCAGAUUGAUUGGGACGGUUCUGGAGAUUUUCGAUGUGAGGAAGGAGAACGAAGGGCAGUACUACUGCGAGGUCCAGACGCCCCAAGGCCUAGUUUCGGAUUACGUGAUUCUGGAGGUUGCAGCUCCCCCUAAUGUUGACUGUCUCCCUGGAUGGUGGCGUUGCGACAACGGUAACUGUAUAGACCAAGACAUGGUAUGCGACGAUGUCGACGACUGUGGCGACCACUCGGACGAGUCCUCGUGCUUCUCCACCAGGACCUCAUGGGGUCUGGAAGUGAAGAGUCUUCCAACGCCGUUGCCUGCCUUGCACAUCAGUCCAGAAGUGCCGGAGUAUCCAGUGGGGGCCAAUGUGGACCUUCGCUGCCAGUCCAAUGAGCCGGGCGUGAUUCCGGCCUGGUCCAAGCUGGGCGGCGGAUUGGCCGACAAUGUCCAAAAUCGGGCAGGAAGACUGACGAUCUACAACGCUAAGACUGAGAAUGAAGGCACCUAUCGGUGCGAAGCCACUGGCCAGCAGGGCAACUACUACAAGGACUUCACUUUGAAUAUUAAAGCCUCGGACGACCCGCUAAGGGACGAGGUGCCCUUGCAAGUCCAACGAGCCAAACGCCACUCCUCAGUCAUCCUGGAAUGCAACACCGACCUGGAGGAACCCGUCUCCUACUUCUGGAGCAAACAGGGCGGCAGCCUACCGUUCAACGUCGACGAAUACAGCAAAUCCAUUCAGCUGAACUCAGUAGGCGCCAUCGAUGCGGGCACGUACAUCUGCACCGCCAACAGCCAGCAACGCACUUUGGAUGUGGCCAUUGUGCUGGUGGUGACUGGAAUCAUCCCCUACUUUACCCAGGCGCCCAACAGCUACAUCACGCUGCCCACUCUGCCCGACGCCUAUCUGCAGUUCAGCUUCGAAGUCUCCUUCAAGCCGGAGAACAACUACGGCCUGAUCCUCUACAACGGCCACAGGGAGAAGGAGCGGGACGGCGACUUCAUUUCGCUGAGUCUGGAUAAUGGGGUGCCGGAGUUCAAGAUCAAUUUAGGCCCUGGAACGGCCACCACCACUGUCAGGGGCAAUGGGACUCUCGGCGAGAGGCAGUGGCACACCAUCAAGGUGGUCAGGAACAAGAAGAGAAUUAUAAUGUUCGUGGACGGAGCGGGGCCGUUCAUUGGGGAGAACGAGGGCAAGUACUACGGCCUGGAUCUAGCCGAGCCUCUAUUCCUGGGCGGCGUGCCGGACUACGACAAUAUUUCCCCGGAAGUCAACAUCGACGUCGGCUUAGUGGGUUGCAUCAGCAAGUUCAAGAUCGGCUACAACUUCCAAGACAUCCUGCGGGACGCGCUGAACUCAACCGGCAUCACCAACUGUGAAACCUGCACGGAGAACAAGUGCCAACAUCGCGGCACUUGCCAAGAGGCGCUGACGACCGAAGGAUACACCUGCAUCUGUUCUGCGAUGUUCAGCGGCCCCACAUGCGACAAGCGCAAAGGAGAAGCCUGCUCUCCUUAUGCCUGCGGCGUCGGAAAGUGCAUCGACACGGACUACGGCUUCCAAUGCCAGUGUCCGCUGGGGCGCAGCGGGAGAAACUGCGAGAAGACUGUGCAGGUUUAUGAGCCAGCUUUCCGAGACAACGCCUACAUCGCCUAUCCGCCGCCCAGGCCGUUGAAGCGGACGAAGAUCCAGAUGCGCAUCAAGCCGAGGAGCGUGGAUGACGGCGUUUUGCUCUACGCGGCUGAAACGGCCGAAGGCCAUGGCGACUUCAUCAGCUUGACCAUCAAGGAUCGUCACUUGGAGUUUAGGUUCGAUAAUGGCAAAGCUUUAGCGACAUCGCCAACGACAUCUGGACCUAGAAAGAGACUAAAUCCUAUCCAGUCAACUCGAUAAUAAUUAAGUGUUCACUUUAUUGAUGUGUUCAUUUGUUUUUCCUCUAUAGUACACAGUACGUGAUGUUGAGAGAUGGCUUGUAUGAUUUUAAAGAUAUUUUUUUACCGUAUGUUCUCAACAUUAACUGUAUGCUUUUUAUGAUUAUGAUUAUUAUUAUAAUGUACGCUUAAAUCUGGAUUACAGUGUCGUGUAUUCGUUCGUUUAGUUUCCCAACUGCCAUUGUUUUUAUACACCCCAUUUUUAUACGUUGUAUUUCUUAAAUUAUUAAGCACUUGUAUAGUAAGGAAAUUGUGCCAUUGUAGAACGUAGAUUAGAGCCAGAUGAAUACGGUCCAUUUGUAUAAUUUUACAAUUCUAGAAUUUAAUAUAGUCUUAAUUUAUAUGGUGCUAUUAACAAUGUAUUACGCUAAAGGUACUUCGAUCUAAUUUGUCUGUAUUCUUAGGAACUGGUGAUUAAACUAGCAGCAGGUUACUUUCCUCGUUCGGUUCCGAUUCUAUUGAAAAUAAGCUUUAUCUACCUACCUACCAACCAUGUGAUUAUGCGAAACGAAACCUAAACGUAUCAACUAUGGUGAUUAAUUAAACAAGAUGAUAUAAAAAUAGGACAUAAGGAUUUUGUAAAACGCUUUAGUCAUUUCAUUUCACUGUGCAUAUGGUUAAAGGGCAUGCUCUAAACGCGACACAUGUUGCUGAUCGAUUAAUUAACUUUGCUGUUUAAAAUUAACAAAAUUAUAUUAAAGUGCAUUUUCAAUAACAAGAGACAAUAAAUAAAUAAUGUAUGUA